AUGGCUUCCCAACUGCUCCCUUUAGAGUUGAUUGAUAAAUGUGUUGGUUCGAAAAUCUGGGUUGUCAUGAAAGGCGAUAAAGGUGAGGAGGAGUUGGGUUCAGAUAUUUCCCCUUUUCUUUCCUCUCUAACAUCUAAUUCAGAGUUCUCCGGCACCCUACUCGGCUUCGAUGACUACGUCAAUAUGGUUCUAGAAGAUGUCACAGAAUUUGAUUAUACAGGUUCUCAGACCAAGCUAUCAAAGAUACUCCUGAAUGGAAAUAAUAUAUGCAUGUUGAUCCCUGGUGGUGAAGGCCCCGUUGCUACCGACCCAUAG